UCCCCUUCGGCUGUCUCUCUCCCACAUCCUUCCAUUUCGGUGGCAGUCCUGUAAUUCUUUGCUUCUCUGAGCCCAAUCUUUCGUCUUCCUUUCCCAUGGCAGCUGUCCUCGAAUCGCUUCCCGUUCCUCGCGUUUCGGCUCACCGUGCAUCUCCUUCGUCGCCGGCGGCCUCCGCCGUCUCGGUCGCCGGCGGGAAGACGGCAGGUCUGUUGCCGGAGUUCAGGGGGUUGAAGAUCCAGACGCGUGCACCCCGGAUCACGUUAGCAUCGGGCAGGAGGGGCCAGAGGAUCGCUCGCCGUUCGAUCGUCUGCGAGACGCAGGAGACAGCCGUCGAUGUGCCUGCUGUAACUGAUGCCACAUGGCAGUCGCUCGUCCUCGGGGCUGACCUUCCUGUGCUUGUCGAGUUCUGGGCCCCAUGGUGUGGUCCCUGCCGCAUGAUCCAUCCCAUAAUAGAUGAAUUGUCGAGGGACUAUGCUGGGAAGCUGAAAUGCUUCAAGGUGAACACCGAUGAGAGCCCAUCAAUCGCAACACAAUACGGAAUCCGCAGCAUCCCGACUGUCAUCAUCUUCAAAAAUGGUGAGAAGAAAGACGCAAUCAUUGGCGCAGUCCCCAAAACUACGCUAACUGCAAGCAUCGACAAAUUCUUGUAGAGGUAAGCAAGCAUCUAUGCAAGAAAUAGUAGUGUUCAUUCUCUUCAAGGAUAUUAAAUGUUGUGAGUUUAGACUCUGCCACCAUGAUCUUUCCAUAUGCUUUGAUGUAUAUAUAGACACAAAGGCUGCAAUUUCGAUCUUUGUGGGUCUGGUGCUCUCCUGUAUCUUUGUUACUUUUGAAGUUUCCUUACUAUAAAGAUGUCCUUUGCACGUUAGAAAAAUCUA